AUGAACUGGGUUGGUGGCUCCCGGAGCAGAAUCAUACUUAAACAGGAAAGGAGAAAGCAAAAGGAAUUCUUUGAAAAGAGAAAGCUUAGAUCAAAGAUGAAGCUCCUAGGAGUAUCAUCACCCCCUAAAAGUUCAACAGUCAGUUUAGAUCUCCUUAACCUGUAUGUUGUUAAUCAGAUAUCCACCAAGAAAGACUCUGCUGACAGAGUGAAAAAACCAGUCCAUGUGGAUCUGAACAAGGGGCUAAAAACUCCUACAAGGAGACAGAAUAUUGAACUUCCCAUGUCACCACAACGUACAUCAUCUAAAAUAGACCUAGAUGACAUCCAGAACAGAAUACAACAACAAGUAUUAGAGAACAGAAGAAAGCAUUUCACAGAUAAGAUAAAAUACCAACCUCAGUUAUCACAAGUUAUGGAAUCAACUUGCACAGACGCUAGUCUUGAACAUCUGAACAAUCUAGCAGCAGACUGUAAUUCCUAUCCAGUGUCCUCUUCAGUUUCCUGGUCUUCUAAUUACAAACAAUCUCCAGAACAAAAUUUCAGAACGAACCUAGCAUGCAGUCCUUGGAAAGUGGUCUACGAAGAGGAGAAGCAGAGCAAACAGUUUCUACCAUUUUCUCAGCCAGGAAAUAUUCUCUCUCAAGACCCUUGGUUUUCAAAAUCCCAAAACAGGUAAUGCAUUUUCAGCAAGUCCAAUACAGCAGGCCCAUUGGGAAUAUUGUUUAAAAAACUGAAUAGUCCAGACUAUAUAAACUCUGUUGGUAAUACUCCAGCUUUAAUUACCGAUAAAGAUUCUGGAAGCAACAACAGAAUAAAAGAGCCAUUAUUUGGUAUUGUGAACGAAACAGCAGCAAACGACACUCAUGAUGAAAAUGGUCUAGCAUUGUCUGAAGAUGAGAGACCACUGAUUCAUGAUAUUCCUUCCAUGGAAUAUUGUGGUCCUUUUGUUAACCAAGCCAGUAUCAGCCAGUUAUUUACAGAUCCGGAUGAUAUGAAUGAAAUAUCCAACAGAUGUAGCCCUUAUAAAAGAGAAACUUAUAACAUGACUAAAUGUACUGAAAGGUAUACUGUAGACAGAUGCCUUAAAGGGAUUUUCACUGUUCCAGAGCAGACUUUAUUUAAAAGUAAGAAUAUUUCAAGUGCAAGCCAUAACGAAAAUAAACAGCCUAAUAAAAGCCACUUGAAAGAAUACCCUGAUGGACAUUAUUACAUUAUAUCUUCUGAAAACCAAGAAAAUGCUUCAAAAUAUGAAAGAACAGGAGCAUUUACAAAUCACCAUAAUCACAAGAUUAACUUAGAAGAAAAAAUGCAGAAUUAUUCAACAAUGAAUAAUGCUCCUCUGGAACAAUUCACUUGUAAGUGCUCACAAGUCUUUGGAUUUGAAAAGGUUCUUACAGCAGAGGAGGAACAGUGUGAUUUUGAAGUGAGUUCAAAGCUUGGAAAGAUGGAAAAGGACACUGAAUCAUCACUGAGCAGUCAGUCCCCCAGUUACUCUCCAAAGCAAACAGACAGUUGUUUCUGCACUAGUUCCGAGAUGUCUGAAGAGGACGAUCUAGCUGAAAAGUGUCUUUCUGACAGCUCCUUUCAAGUAAACAGUGCCAAUCCCACUGCAGCUCCAAGAAGCAAAGGACCACAACAUACCUUUGGCACGGAAAGUUUUCUUUUCCCUCCCGGCACUAGUGUUGCUAUGAAAGAAGCCAAUGCUCCUCAACAGAAAGAGCCCAGUUUACAAGCAACAGAGGAGGAAAAUAAAGACCAGGCUGUUCAACCUCAGCCCAACUCAUCAUACAUAUCAUUUAAAAGGAAGAAUAUUAAUCAUAGAGAAAGAUGUGAUGCUUGGUCACAAACUGAGAUCUCUACUGUAAAGGUAGAAAAAAUAAAUGCUGCCAUACAAUGUGAUAUAAUACAGGCAUGUUGCUGUAUAAAUCAUCUUUCCUCUGUCCACAGCACUGAACUACUAACUAAUGUUAGUAAAGCAGAUACCACUGGAGGGCAGGAAAUUACAGCAGAUGAGGCAUUUCAGUCUUCAAGUACAGACAAUGCAACAAUUAUUGCAGAAUUUCCUCCUGCAACCGAGUAUCUGACAUUGCCUGACAAGAUGACUGUAGAUGUGCUGAACUACAUUAACAUAAUGAAAAAGAGAGAAGAGAACAACUGA